CGCCCUAAUCCGCCCGCUUUCCGUUUGUUCUUGCGCGCUUUGUUGGGUUGGGUUGGUUUUGUUUUGUUGCCAUCCCCGUGGCUCGCCUCGCUAUAAAUCUCGACGCCUCCCUCCCUCCACAUGCUCCCUCGUGGCCGUCACAUUGCGGCUGCAAUUCCUGUGGGCUCAACGGGUUUUUAAUCAAUCAAAUUCCGUUAUCCCCCUCCCUCUCGCGUAAUAUAAGUAGGAGUAUCUCUCUUCGUCCCGGCACAAGGCUGCGAGAUCUUGCUACAAGAUUCCUCCCCGCGCAAGCACGAGCGCAGACCGGAGCGAGCAAGUGGUCGCCGAGAUUUGUAGGGUCUGGGAGGAGGAAUGUGGACCGGUUGUUUAUGCUAGGCGCGGGCGUUGGACACAAGAUCCUGCCUGCGUGAUUCUUUCUCUCCUUCUCGGUUUACCGGUGCUGUGGCGGGGGAAGGGAAAUUUAUUGCGGAAGAUCUCAACCCGCCGGGAUCAAGAAGGACGGACAGGCGGAUUAAGAAAUAGACAGUGGCAGGGGAGGAGGAGGAGGAGGAGGAGGAGGAGGAGGUGGGGCUGUGUCAGCUUUGUGCUUUGUGGGUGUCCGCCCCUCCCCGCCAUUGUUUACUCCCCCUGAGGCGCUUGUGCUCCUCGCCGCCCGCAACACCGCCCCGCAUAAGUAGGGUGGAGUGUGCCUCCCUCAAGGACCGAUCCUGCCGCUGCCGCUAUUGUUUCCGUUGUACGGGCGCCGGGCCGGGCACGUUGCCAUAUUCCGUCUCCCUCCCGCCGCCCCCCUCCCCGCCCCACCGGCCUACCCAAGUUGCUUCUGUUCCUUGUACUUGCUGUUUCUUUGCCGUCUGGACUCUGGAGCCGUUGAUGUUCCUUCCCCGGACAAGUAGUAUGAUGGGUUAGCAUAGCACACAAGUCGUCUUCUUCUUCCUCCUCCUGCGGUGGUGGUCUGCUCUGCUCUGCUCUGUGUGUGAGCGCAUUGUUGGCCUGGGGGAGUGAGAAGCUGCAUAUUUUGUUCGUGCUUUGAACCUCUGCUUCUGUCAAGAUGAAGUUCAUGAAGCUUGGAUCGAACCCGGACACCUUUCAGGACGAUGGGAGCGAAGUCAGAAUUGUGGAAACUGAAUUGGUGAGUGAUAUCACUGUUCGUCUAGGGAACACAAAGUUUUACCUUCACAAGUUUCCACUUCUAUCCAAGUGUGCUCGCUUUCAGAAGUUGAUCCCAACUACUGGUGAUGAAAAUAUCGAUAUCCACAUCCAUGACAUUCCUGGUGGCCCAAAGGCUUUUGAGAUAUGUGCCAAGUUCUGUUAUGGCAUGGUUGUCACACUCAAUGCGUAUAAUGUCGUUGCUGCCCGCUGCGCUGCGGAGUACUUGGAGAUGAAUGAAACUGUCGACAAGGGUAAUCUGAUCUACAAGAUUGAUGUCUUCCUCAGCUCAAGCAUAUUCAGGAGUUGGAAAGAUUCCAUUAUUGUCCUUGGGACAACAAAAGCUCAUUUACCAUGGUCAGAGGAUCUUAAGCUGGUUAGCCACUGCAUUGAUUCUAUUGCUUCAAAAGCCUCUGUUGACACCUCCAAGGUUGAAUGGUCAUACACGUACAAUCGCAAGAAGCUCUCAGCUGAGAAUGACCUUGAUAUGCAAUGGAAUGGAGUCAAGAAGCAGCCGGCUGUGCCUAAGGAUUGGUGGGUCGAGGAUCUCACGGAUCUCGACAUCGAUUCCUACAAGCAAGUCAUAUCAGCUAUCAAAACAAUGGGCAUGGUGCCCAAGGAUGCUGUUGGUGAGGCAAUCAAAGCCUACACAUACAAGAAGCUCCCCUCACUAAGCAAGGUUUCAAUGAUCCAUGGUGAUGGAAAGGUCCGAGCGAUGCUAGUUACCAUCACAUGCUUGUUACCAUCAGAGAAAGGCUCAGUCUCAUGCAGCUUCCUGCUAAAGCUACUGAGGGCAACCAAUCUGCUUAAAUGUGGAGAGAUGUGCAGGAAAGAGCUCGUGAAGAGAAUUGGACGGCAGCUGGAUGAAGCGUCCGUGUCUGAUCUUCUUAUUCCUACAGUCGAUGGGGAGACAACUGGUUAUGACAUUGACAUGAUCCUUAGUAUCGUCGAAGAGUAUGUGAGGCAAGAUAGCAAAAAUGCUCAGAAACAUAAUGCUGAGGUGAACGGUCACGUGCAAGCACCUAGUGCAUCUAUGAUCACAGUAGCAAAAAUCGUUGAUGGUUAUCUCACCGAGGUUGCAAAGGACCCAAAUACCCCUGUUUUGAAGUUCAUCAAUCUUGCUGAGGCAAUUUCAGGCAAUUCAAGGCCUUUCCAUGAUGGGAUAUAUCGCGCCAUUGACAUGUAUAUGAAGGAGCACCCAAGCCUAAGCAAGAGCGACAAGAAGAAGCUGUGCUGCCUCAUGGACUGCAAGAAGUUGUCGCCAGAAGCAUGCGCUCACGCCGUCCAGAACGAGCGCCUCCCUCUGAGAACCGUGGUUCAGGUGCUGUACCACGAGCAGACAAGGGCAUCCGCGGCGGCAACCGUCCGAGCUGACAGCAUCUGCAUCGGCUCCUACGAGAGCUCAAGGUCAGGCGCCACAACCAACACUGAAGACGAGUGGGAUGGAGUCAUAGCGGUGGAGGACCUCAGCCUUUCAUCAAAGACCACGAAGCUGGAGAAAUGCCACAGCGCCGAGAAGAGCCACGGCAGCAGCAAGAGCACCACCAACGGCAAGGCCAAGGGCGGCGCGACGCCGAAGAAGGUGCUGGGGAAGAUGCUGUCGAGCAAGGCGCUGACCGGGGAGCGAAGCAGCUCGGACUCGUCGGACAGCGCCAUCUUGCGGAGCCAGGACCAUCCCAAGAGGACUCCAUCCAGGAGCACCAAGCCGUCGGCUGCUGCCUAGCCCUCCCUGCAUCUCAUCAAAAGAGUGGUGCUGGGGUUUUAGCUGCUGCUGCUGCUGCUGCUGCUGUCUCUUCUUCUUUAUGAAUGUUGCAUAGAAGCAAGAACUAAUGUUUUUUACAAGUCUGUAGGGAUGUUAUAAUGUCAGGUCUGCUUUUAGGGGGAUCUUGUUGUUUAGCAUGUAGGCUUUGCCAUGGAACCUGUGAGACCUUUGGUGCUACUGUGAGGUUUUAUGCCGUUCACUCACUCCUGGUAGUUAUAAGAAGCCUGAUGUGUUUGGACCUUAA